AUGGCGGAGGUCGUGCUGCAUGGUAACCUUUCGAUCGACAUUUUUGAUCCGGCAACCACCGAAUGGAAAAGAUGGCUGCAACGUUUCCUGACAGCCAUUAAGAUUUUCAAAGUUCCGGCCGAUCAACAAGUGCUGUACCUGCUACACUAUAUAGGUCUACGGGCUCAGUUACGGCUACUCGAAACAAAGGAGCUGACUUUUGAAAAAGCCAUUCAAGUGGCCACAGCGAUGGAGCUCUCGGAAAAGGACUCCCGGCAACUACAGACCGGGACAGCCGUCGUCGAAUACAUAGGUACGAAGAGCAGCAAAUCGGAAGGCAAAGGGUCACGUAAGAAGAAACCGGUACCGAUGCAAGAAAAGUCAAGCAAAGAAAAAAUGCGAAUGUCGGUAAAAACAAUAAUAUGUGGCGGAAAUCACCUAGCAAAUAAACGUACGUUCGAUAGGAAUAUUAAAUGCACUAAUUGCAGCACACCAGGGCACCUGCGUAAAGUAUGCAUGGGAGCGAAGCGUGCGUCAGCACGCGUCAGCACGCCCUCGACGAACCAGGUCGAGAAGAUCUUAACAAUAGAGCAUUGGAAUCAGCGAGAUAAAUUCUUUAAAACGCUAGUAAUUAACGGAAAAACCUUACAAUUCAAGAUUGAUAGCGGUUUCUAUCUUUCCGUGGCGUGGCGUGGUGGCAUCCACCAAUUGAAUCUUUAUGUUACUAAAAUUGAACGGAAACCUUUGCUAGGUUGUGAAUGGAUACGACAGUUACAAUUAUUCAAAUUAACGGAUUCAAUUAAUACAGUUCAAGAUACAGAUAAUACAAAGGCUAAAGUUACAAAGUUACUACAAACUUACAGAGAAAAAUUAGAUUCGAAGUCUACAAAGAUAAAAGGCCUACAGACCAGUUUAGUGUUAAAGGACAAUGUCAAACCCGUGUUUCUAAAAUCAAGAACGGUUCCAUUCAAAUUGUUGCCUUUAGUAGAACAGGAACUACAAAUACUAGUGAACGACGGAGUGCUUGAAAAAGUUAACACCUCGCGUUGGGCCACACCCAUUGUCCCCGUGCUCAAGAGUAAUAAUAGGGCAUAUUUACAGUUAGAAAUACGUGAACAAGACCGCGAGUUGUUAAUUUUGAACACACACAAGGGUUUAUUUCAAAGCACUAGACUAAUGUAUGGCAUAGCAUCAGCGACAGCAAUCUGGCAGCGGGAAAUAGAAAAUAUCCUACGGGAUAUACCGGGGAUAUCAGUCUUCCUAGACGACAUUAAAAUUACCGGCCCGGAUAAUGAAAGUCAUUUACACCGUCUCGAGCUAGUACAGUUAAGAUUAGCCAAUAGAAAUAUACGCAUUAACGAAAAAAAAAGUAAAUUUUUCAAAGAUAACAUAAAUUACUGCGGGUACAAAAUUGAUAAAGACGGCAUACACAAGAUCACAAAGAAGAUCCAAGCAAUUGAGAGGAUGCCACGACCGCGCAACGUAGCUGAACUGCGUUCUUUUUUAGGCAUGAUCAACUAUUACGGAAGAUUCAUUAAGAAUCUUAGUACUAUCCUUGCACCAUUACAAGUAUUGCUACAGAAAGAAACUACGUACAAAUGGUUACAAAAUUGUGAACGUGCUUUUCAACUUGCCAAAAAAGAGUUUCAAAACGAUACCGUGUUAGUACAUUACGAUCCCAAACUUCCAUUAAUUUUAGCAACGGAUGCGAGCUUUUACGGUGUGGGGGCCGUGUUGUCCCACCAAUAUUCCGACGCGUCAUUACGGGAGCGUUUCCUGUGUGAUUUACAUAGAAGCCACUUCGGAGUAAUGAAAAUGAAAACUUUAGCAAGGAGUCUAUAUUGGUGGCCGGGGAUAGACAAAGCCAUUGAAGAAAUGGCAAGAAAUUGUAGCAUUUGCAAUUCAUUACGUAAUAACCCAUCAAAGGUCGACAUCCAUGAAUGGGAAACGGCCGAAGGCCCUUUCGACAGAGUACAUGCAGAUUAUGCGGGCCCAUUCAUGAAUGCCAACUUCUUUGUCUUAAUAGAUGUUUAUUCAAAAUGGCCUUUCGUCCGUAUAGUUAAGGAUAUUACAGCGAAAAGUACAAUAGAAGCAUGUAAGAAAAUUUUCUCGGAAUUUGGAACUCCUAGGACCAUAGUGAUGGACAAUGGUCGUAGUUUUCGGAGUGCAGAGUUCACUCAGUUUCUCAAAGUAAAUGGAAUCAUGCCUAAAUUUACGGUUCCAUAUCACCCGUCUACAAACGGACAAGCGGAGAAAUUUAUCCAAACUAUGAAGAAUUCAUUAGUCACACCACACUGCACAACAGGGGUCACACCAUCCGAGAAAAUGUUUAAUAGACAAAUACACACUCAGUAUACUGUAUGCGUACCAAGAAAAAAAAGAAAUCUUGCAGACACAAAUAUCAAUAAGAAAAUUCGAAAAUUCGCGGUGGGGGAAAAGGUGCAAUGCCGAAACUACAACGGAACAACCAAGUGGAAACACGGCAGGGUCACUCAUCGCUUGGACAAACUACACUACAGAAUAGCCUUGAAUGAUGGCCGAAUAUGGGAGCGGCAUGUGGACCAGAUCCUUCGAUCUGGAGAGUAUUGGAGCCAUGCUGAGGAACCAUGGGACGAGAUAGACCCAAACGUACCUGAAAUUUAUGCAGAAGAAAACCAAGGAGCACGACCGGAACUAGAAGCCCGACAGCCACAAGUGCCAGCGCAGAUGCCGGCAGCACGAAGAGAGCUUCCGGCACGAACUCGAAGACCGCCGGAGAGGUAUACGAAUCUUACAUGGAUCCGGAAAUAA